AUGUACGACAGGUUGAAGCCUUUCUUUGCUGUAAUUUUCUUGCAAUUUGGGUUUGCAGGGAUGGAUAUACUUUCUAAGGUUGCAUUGAAUGAGGGGAUGAGCAAUUAUGUAUUUGUUGUUUACUGCCAUGCCAUUGCCACUAUUGUCAUCGCUCCAUUUAAAGUUUUCUGUCCUAGGAUGGAGAGGAUAAAGAUCAAUAGUAUUCGUAGCCAAGCUAAGAUAGUUGGGACAAUAACCACUGUUGGAGGAGCCAUGAUCAUGACACUAGUAAAAGGCCCAAUUAUUGAGCUGUUUAGGAAAAAAGGAAGCAGCAUUAAUGAACUUCAAAAGGAUGGGGUAAAUCUUCAACAUUCAAUUAAGGGAGCCCUAAUGAUUACAGUUGGAUGCUUCAGCUGGUCAUGUUUCAUGAAUCUGCAAGCAAUCACGCUGAAGACUCCCGCUGAGCUCUCCAUCACUGCUUGGAUAUGCCUAUUAGGAACAGCUCAGGGGGCCAUAGUGGCGCUAAUGGAGAGGGGAAAUGCUAGCGUCUGGUCUAUAAGCUGGGACACCAAACUCCUGACAGCUCUUUACAGUGGCAUAGUUUGCUCGGGACUCACUUAUUACAUUCAAGGAGUAAUAAUGACAGACAGAGGACCUGUUUUCGUGACAGCUUUCAGCCCACUGAGCAUGGUCAUCGUAGCUAUCAUGAGCUCAUUUAUUCUGGCUGAACAAAUGUACCUCGGAAGGGUACUUGGCGCAAUUGUUAUAGUUGCAGGCCUAUAUUUUGUUGUGUGGGGUAAAAGCAAGGAUUACGACUCCCUAUUCCCAUUAACUGACAACCAAACAGCACCAGCUAAGCAAAGGAUGGAUCAAGAUAACAAUGGAGAUGGAAUUUCAUGUCAUGAGAACAUCAACGUCAAUGCAUCUAACAAAGGAACCAUGACCAUAGAGGUACAAAAGUAUGAUAAAGGAAACCAGACCACAGCCUAG